CAUAAUUCAAAACAAAAAUCAUAUGGUUUGGCGCAUAUUUUUCUUGCACUAAUUUGAUUUUUUGAGAUAAAUUUUAAUAAAUAAAAUUAUGACUAUCUUAAAAGGCAAAAAAUAUGUAGCCUUUAUUUCAGUUAUAGUAGGAACAAUUGGAAUAGCAAUUUAUCCAAUAAUUAUUAGUCCUAUGUUGAAUCCCGAACACUAUAAAAAAAUUCAACAAAUUAACAGACAAGGAAUCCGUCAGGAAGAUAUUCAACCAGGAAAUAUGAAAGUUUGGACUGAUCCGUUUGAUCGAAAAAAAUAAGAAUUCUAGUGAACAUAGUAGAUAAAAAAAAAGCAUAGUAAUAUAUGUAUGUAUAUAUAAGGCAUAAAUAAAUUGUUUAUACAAAAAAAAAGUAAAGUUAAUACUUACGUAGG